AAGAGGGCGCACGGGAAGGAGCGGGGCGCCCGCGCUCACUUCGGGGGACCGCGGCCGGGAAGCGCGGGGCGGCGAAGGCGGCAGGUGCGGGCCCCGGGAUGCGGACGCCGGUGGUGAUGACGCUGGGCAUGGUGCUCGCGCCCUGCGGGCUGCUGCUCAACCUGACGGCCACGCUGGCGCCCGGCUGGAGGCUGGUGAAGGGCUUCCUCAACCAGCCCGUGGACGUGGAGCUGUACCAGGGCCUGUGGGACAUAUGCCGCGAGCAGACCAGCCUCGAGCGCCAGUGCGGCCAGUCCGACGUGUGGGGCUACUUCCAGGCCGAGCCCGUGCGCGUGGCGCGGGGACUCAUGGUCACGUCGCUGGCCACCACGGCCCUGGGGCUGCUGCUGGCGUCGCUCGGCGUGCGCUGCUGGCAGGAGCGGCCGCGCUUCGCGCUGGCCGGCCUCUCGGGCGUGGUGCUCUUCGCCGCCGGCCUCUUCAGCCUCAUCCCGGUCUCCUGGUACAACCACUUCUUGGACGACCGCGCCGUCCUGCCAGCCGACGCCAGCCCGGUCACGGUGCACGUCAGCUACUGCCUGGUGCUGGGCUACCUGGGCAGCUGCCUGCUGCUGCUGGGCGGCUUCUCGCUGGCGCUCAGCUUCGCGCCCUGGUGCGAGGAGCGCUGCCGCGGCUGCCGCAAGGCGCCCCCGGGCAGCCCGCGCCGCAGCAGCAUCAGCACCGUGCACGUCGACUGGCCCGAGCCCGCGCUCGCGCCGGCCAUCAAGUACUACAGCGACGGCCAGCACCUGCCGCGGCCCGCCGAGCUUGGCGCCGCCGCCAAGCCCAGGGUCGGCUUCCCCAUGCCGCGGCCGAGGCCCAGCGCCUACAACAACCCGGUGGACGUGCUCCGCGGCGAGAGGGCCGACACCCCCGACGCCUCCUUGCCCAGCACCAGGCACUGCCAAGGCUCGCUGCCCUGCGACUCCGACCUGUAGACGGCGUCACACCCCCAACCCCCACCUGCUCUGGCCAGACUCUGCCCGGUCCCAGGACUCGCCCCACCACGUCCAGCCUUGAACU